UCUCAAGAGGUUAUCAUUGUCCUUCACAAACUGAGAUGCAUUAUUUGAAGGGUUUGCCAAAAAGGUUUUGUCUACUUCUUUUGCUGUCAACAGCAUUAGGUGGUACCUCAGUGUUAGACAUUGUCUCCCUACAUGGUCCGAAGUAUGUUCACAGUGGAGAAAACAUCAGUCUGAAUUGCUCUUUUUCAUCCUCUGAAGCAGCAACGACUGCUUGGCUCAAACAGACUCCAGGAGAAAAGCCUCUUCUCGUCACCUCUGCUUAUUAUUCUAGACCAGCUGUAUAUCAUAAUGGCUUUGACAAGACUGGCCGCUUUAAAGUGUUAAAAGAAAAAGACAGUUUUAAUCUGAGGAUCUCCAAUGCAGAACCGUCUGAUUCAGCUACAUAUUACUGUUCUGUUACAUAUUACGCAGAUACUGCGUUAGCAGACUGGACAGUUUUAGUCCUCAAAGGUUCAUCUUCAAGCCUCUCUGCUGUUCUCCAGCCUCCUGUAUCAGAUCCUGUUGAACUGGGAGGAGAUACAACUUUGCAGUGUUCAAUACUCACAGAUGCGUCUGCAGGAGAUCACAGUGUGUACUGGUUCAGACAUGGAUCAGGAGAAUCUCAUCCAGGAAUCAUUUACACUCAUGGAAACAGGAGUGAUGAGUGUAAGAAAAGCUCUGAGACUGUAGAUUCUCCUACACAGAGCUGCGUCUACAAACUCCCCAAGACAAACCUCAGCCUCUCUGAUGCUGGAACUUACUACUGUGCUGUGCUCAUGUGUGGACAGAUACUGUUUGGGAACGGAACUAAACUGGACUUAGUAGAGAAGAGCAUUUUUCUCCCAGUCAUUAUCGGUUCAACAGCUUCAAUCAUCAUUACCAUGGCUGUGGUUUUAUUUGUGUUUAGAAAAUUACACAACAGUCAUCAUAAACAAGCUGAAGGUCACUCAGUCCAAGCAAACCAGGGUGAAUGUGAUGAAGAUUUGAACUACGCAGCACUGAGUUUCACUAAUAAACCACCGUCAUCCAGAGGAACUAGAAGACAACAGAAGCUUAAAGACACUGACGUUUACUCUCAGAUCAAACAUUCCUGAUAAAACUGAAUUUUCUUGAGAUAAGGGAAUCAUCACUUUUAUUGAUAAUGUAAUAUUAGCUGAUAGAGACCUACCAAAUAAUGCAGUAUUACUGCUUGUAAUUAAUGUUAUGUAAAUAAU